AUGAGCAGCCGAAGCACCACCAUUGCUUUCCUCUUCAUCGCCAUCCUUUUGAUCUUCCAAGCCGUCUCCGCUCAAUCGAGGUGAGCGGGAUUACUGUAAUUACGGAAAAAUAAUAGGGAAAAGACGAGCCUAGCGCGUCUAAGAAACUCAAAAAUGCACGUUGUCCCACAAUUAAAUUUGCAAAUCUACGUCCACAUUCAUUUCUACUCGAGUAGCCAUUCCAAUUCUCGAAAACUUGCGCGCACUUUCUCAAGCUGGCAGAAAAAACGGAAGCAAUUCCCCGUAUCAAAUGUGUACUUUAUUACUUUUUCAUCUCGGACUCGGUACUGCCCCAGCCUUAAUUAACACGAUUCAAUAGGCUUCUCCGUCUUCUUUGUCAUCACCAGACGCGCUUAGUACGACGGCCGUCCUUUACUCUCUCUCUCCUUCUCCCCCCUUCCUUCCUCUUCACGGCCAUAUUGACUCUGAACUCUUUUUCAUUGCAAAAACUCAUUGUGAUGUGAGUUUUUGUUGGUGCGGGGAUGGGGCGGACGGACGGACGGACGGAAAUAUCAAUCAGCCAUUCAAAUUCAAUUGUGGUGGGUAAUAGAAGGUCGGCGCCACGUUUCCGGUGAGAUGCACAUGCACUUCACUCUUUUUUGAGGCGGAAAAUGAGUGAAAUGCGUGGGGGAGGACAGAACAGACCACGCGGAUGAUAUCAUCAACUUUUCCGGCCGGAUAUGAACUUGAUCCUGUUUUCAUUUUGGGUACGGGAAUAGAAGGCAUAGGACAAUCAUAUGACAGGUGUCGUACACAUACACACGAUCGCCUGCUUUUUCAUGCAUUCAAAAUCUGGGUGCUCAAUAUUCUCAAAAACAGUAGCGUUCCCUCAAGAAAUUGUCGCUAGACACACCUCAUUAUACUAAAAAAAAAAAGUGGGAAAGAGACCUUCAAACUUUGACCCCACCCUCUUCGAAUUAACAUUUCCACCUACUCAUUGACCACCACAAACAACAAAUUAUCAUAUAAAGUUCGACUUCCGGGUUUUGGUGUUUGAGACCGAGAGACUGAAUGGAGAAAUGAAGAGUUCAAAGCACUUUUUGAGUAGUUGCGACGUAACUCUUCAAAUAACACAAUCGUGAAAUGAAGCGUAAGAAACGUUGCACCGGCGGUUGGUUUUUGUGACGCAUACAUUGAAUUUUGCUCAUUCAGCAAUUGCAAUACGAAAACGAAGUUAAAGAAACGAAAAAAUAUGUGAUGACAGGAAGGAAAACUAAAUUUUCAGCGAUGAGGAGUCGGACUACUUGGCGGACAAGUACCAGAGAAUUGCGCGUGCCCCGAAGCCGAAGUUCAUCCGUUUCGGACGUGCCGGAGCCAAAUUCAUCCGAUUUGGGCGUGCUGGAGCGAGCACUUGGGUUCGUUCAAAAUAAAGACAUGUUCGAAACGCGUAAAUCCAGUUAGCUUCUGCAAAUCUGAACCUAUUAUGCGAAAGAAGGAUUCUCGUGGUAGUAUAGUGUUGAGGAAAAAUUGAUGACGAUCCGAUCCUCUAAAGGACUUUCAUAGACUAGUGAUACUGCCACGUCAGCAGAAGGCAUGACGAAGUGCAUUAUCCACUAUUAGAGUUCUGAAAUAUUCACGGGCUGUUACACACACUAAGUAAAUUAUUAGAAUAUAUCACGCUAUGGCAGAGAUGUCAUUGAAAUGAUGAUGCAUUCGCAUCAAUAAAAGCAGAUGUGUCAGGGGGCCCAGACAUAACUUCAUGCGUAAAUUUUCAGGAAGAUGGAUACGCGGCGCCGUCGGCCAACGAGCUCUACGUGAAGCGUGGAGCCAAGUUCAUCCGAUUCGGCUAA